UGAGUUGUCUUCUAAUGGUAUUCUAUGUUUAUGUCUAUAUUCUAACUGAAUAGUAUCACUACUUUGCAAUGGCGCUCCACUAGUGGCAUAAUAGUAGCAUAUGCGAUGGAUCCUGUCAUCUAUAAAAGUGUAGCGAACUUCGUAUUCGGUUUCUUGAUCGUAACAGUACGCAGCUACGUUGCGGCGAAACUGAGAAAUGGUGAUCUGGCCGACAGGAAAAUCGGAGCAAUGUUUGCAAGCCCUCUCGAUAAGAUGCUGGCUAAACUUUUCGAAAUUUCGCAUCAGGAACUUCGCAUAAGUAUAACCCAUUUGAAACAAGGUAUUAGACGUCUCAACCUUGUUCUUGGUGGAGAUAUUUUCUACAGUGCUAGGAAAAGCUCAUCCCAGGUUAAUGUUGUUAAAAUAUCACAUGCAGCAUCAGAAACUGUAAAAGAAGUGCUGGUACACCAUGAGGGAAAUAAAGAUGAUUAUCAAAAGGGACAUAAAUAUGAUUUAUAUUUAAAACGAAAGAAGGAAGCAAUAGAAUCUUUCAAACAGGCUGCUGUUGAAGCUCUGAAGGCAUUAUGUAACAGAGAUUUGGAACCAGAAGAACAUAUUAUUGCAAGUUAUGUGCUUCUUGCAUGUACAAUACUUGGAAACUUAGAUGACCGAGAACAAGCGGUCAUUGACUGCUGGGGGAAUCUUGAAGAACUGCAUGAUAUACCAGCAAUACAUAAAACAUUCUUAGCACAUGCAAAUGGGGGAUGGAGAUCAAGGUUUCUUAAGGAAUCAAGAAAUAAAAUAAUUGAAAGUAUAGUUGACAUCCAUUCCAUCAUUUUUUAUUUUAUCUCAAAGUUUUCAGAAAAAAGAAUUGGUGUUUUAGAUUGGCCUAUGGUGGGAUGUGAUACACUGGCUAUUAACCCAAUUCUUUACCAGGAAACAAAGUUAUAUUAUAAUCUGAAGGAUAAGAAAGAAGAUCACCCAAGCCUUUGGCAGAGUAACAAACUUAAUGAUAAGGAAAUUCCAAAUCCAAGUCUAAAUUGCUCUUUUGACAGCAAAGGGAAUCUUGUUUGCAUUUUAACCAACAAAGAUGAAAAACAUGUUCUUGGGAAACUUAACUCAACCUCUGGUGAAUUGCAGCAGUUUUCAUCUUCCAUUGAUGUAACAUCUAAAGAUAUUGAAUACUGUUCUGUCGCUGUUGAUGAUGAUGACCAAGUGUAUCUCCUGUCCAGGCAUGAUAGUUGUUAUAAACUAUCAGUUUACACAAAAGAUGGAAUCCUUAGUUAUCAUCGCAGACUGACAUUCCUUAAAGGUCGUGUUCUGUGUUAUCUUGCUGUGACCAAAGAGAAGAAGAUUGUCAUAUGUUGUGAGAAUGACUUUGGAGAGAACAUAGUGUAUUUAUACAAAACGAGUGAAGACCACCCACUGCACAAUGAAGAAUAUACUACCUUAGCUAGGAGCCAUUCAAUCAUGUUACAGAAUGUCGGAUACACUGCAAGGUCAACAACUCAUUCUACCCAACCACAGAGUGAAGAAUCUUCCACCAGAUCUACCAGUCAUUCAACACCACCACAAAAUGAAGAAUCUUCCACCAGAUCUACCAGUCAUUCAACACCACCACAGAAUGAAGAAUCUUCUGCCAGUCAUUCAACACCACCACAAAAUGAUGAAUCUUCCACCAGAUCUACCAGUCAUUCAACACCACCACAGAAUGAAGAAUCUUCCACCAGAUCUGCCAGUCAUUCAACACCACCACAGAAUGAAGAAUCUUCCACCAGAUCUGCCAGUCAUUCAACACCACCACAGAAUGAAGAAUCUUCCACCAGAUCUACCAGUCAUUCAACACCACCACAAAAUGAUGAAUCUUCCACCAGAUCUGCCAGUCAUUCACCACCACCACAGAAUGAAGAAUCUUCCACCAGAUCUACCAGUCAUUCAACACCACCACAAAAUGAAGAAUCUUCCACCAGAUCUACCAGUCAUUCAACACCACCACAGAAUGAAGAAUCUUCCACCAGAUCUGCCAGUCAUUCAACACCACCACAAAAUGAAGAAUCUUCCACCAGAUCUACCAGUCAUUCAACACCACCACAAAAUGAAGAAUCUUCCACCAGAUCUACCAGUCAUUCAACACCACCACAAAUGAAGAAUCUUCCACCAGAUCUACCAGUCAUUCAACACCACCACAGAAUGAAGAAUCUUCCACCAGAUCUGCCAAUCUGCCAGUCAUUCAACACCACCACAAAUGAAGAAUCUUCCACCAGAUCUACCAGUCAUUCAACACCGCCACAGAAUGAAGAAUCUUCCACCAGAUCUGCCAGUCAUUCAACACCACCACAAAAUGAAGAAUCUUCCACCAGAUCUACCACCAGAUCUACCAGUCAUUCAACACCACCACAGAAUGAAGAAUCUUCCACCAGAUCUGCCAGUCAUUCAACACCACCACAAAAUGAAGAAUCUUCCACCAGAUCUACCAGUCAUUCAACACCACCACAAAAUGAAGAAUCUUCCACCAGAUCUACCAGUCAUUCAACACCACCACAAAAUGAAGAAUCUUCCACCAGAUCUACCAGUCAUUCAACACCACCACAAAAUGAAGAAUCUUCCACCAGAUCUACCAGUCAUUCAACACCACCACAAAAUGAAGAAUCGUCCACCAGAUCUACCAGUCAUUCAACACCACCACAAAAUGAAGAAUCUUCCACCAGAUCUACCAGUCAUUCAACACCACCACAAAAUGAAGAAUCUUCCACCAGAUCUACCAGUCAUUCAACACCACCACAAAAUGAAGAAUCUUCCGCGAGGUCUACCAGUCAAACGAAAAGAUUUGCUCUCAAUUUGAAAAAUCAUUCAAUAGAGGGUAUGUUUGUUUCCCGCGAUAAUGAAAUAAUAAUAGCAGCAAUAAAUUAUACUGAAAAAUCACGUGAAGUGUACAUCUACAUCUACUCAGAAGACGGAUAUAGGAAGACGUCUUUAAAAUUUCGUCCAAGUAAAGGUAACAAUUGCUAUUUAAGUAUUUGUUGGGACCAAGAUUCGAAAGACAUAAUUGGUUAUACAGUUUCAAACGAUCGGAUCUUUGUAGAUCAUUUAUCUGUUGAAACUGGUGAAAUUCAUUGUUCCUAUUUAUUAAAUUCAAUGAACUUUCCAGACAAUAUAUCCUCUUUCCAUCUAGUCUGCCAUGCAAAUGGUAGACUUGCUUUAGUUCAGGAAAAGCAUGUUAUUUUACUGCGCUCAAAGUAAGAAAUGAACAGGAAGUCUCACUCGAUGUACAGCGCCGGUGUCCCAAAAAAAACGCUACUAGUCGCUAGUCUUUGAAUUCAAAAAAGCCAUAUUUCGUUGAAUUAGUCUUACAAGUAUAAUUGCUUCGGAAUAAUUAGCGCGCUGUGAAACAAAGAUUUUUCACUAAGGGACAUGAUCGAAAAACUCACAGAAAUAUGCAGUGUUGUGCAAAUUGUGAACAGCUUCGUUCAAUUGCAAAAUGACUAAAUGGUUCCCUGAACGACAGAGCGACGUGUAUUUGUUGCUCUAGAGUAUCAGAGGACGCACAGUUUAAUUUGAAUUUCAAAAACUAAAGGGUUUUUUUGGGACACCGUGUAGAACGAUAUAUGAUACCACAUGUGAUAAUUUAUAGAAAAGUCCAACUUUUUAUUCAGUAAUCGCGAAUACUGAACUGCUUUGUAAAGGUGAUAAUUCGAUUUCAAAUUGUCAAACGUGAACAAAUAUCUCGACAAUCUUCUGGAAGUAUCUCGAAAUCUCGACUUAUUAAAACGUUUUAUGCGAAAUUGAGCACCGUUCUACAAUGUAGUUUUAAUAUAGGUCAGAAUUUCAAUAAUCACCUUUGUAAUCAUACCGUAAUGGCUAAUGCUUAUUAAUACAAUACAAGUUAUAUAACGUCAGCUCCUUGCUUGGCAUUCCGCACUGUAUUCCUAGUAGUUUUUGGCACUAUUUAACAAUUA